AUGCAGGCUUCAGUACCCUCAAACAUGCAGACAGCCGUCUCCCCAGGCCCUCCAGCUCUGGCUUCACUAGAACAAAGCAAGGUCCCUGGAAUGGAUACUUCUAGGGUCCAAGAAAGGCUCUUAAGAGGAUAUGCUGAUGACCUAGAUUCUUUCAGGCAGAAGUUCAGGUGGUUUUGUUACUCACAAGAAGAAGGGCCCAGAAAAACCCUGAAUCAGCUCUGGGACCUCUGCAAGCAGUGGCUGAGACCAGACAUUCACACCAAAGAGCAGAUCUUAGAGCGGCUCGUGUUUGAGCAGUUCCUGAGGGUUUUGCCUGGAGAGAUGAGGAUUUGGGUGAAUUCUCAGCAUCCCAAGAGUAGUGUGGAGGUGGUGACCCUGGUAGAAGAUUUGAACCAAACACUUGAAGAAAGGGAAGGUCUUAGCACACGAAAUCCUGCUGUGUGCAAAGUGGAGGAGGAUUUGGGAGAAGAGGAGAUAGCUGCUGUUCCUCCCAAUGUGGAGCCACGUGAAGCGGUAACAUUUGAGGAUGUGUCUGUGAACUUUACCAGAGGAGAGUGGAAGAUGCUGGAGCCAUCUCAGAGGGAGCUAUAUAAGGAAAUGCUGCUGGAAAACUUAAGGAACCUAGAAUUUUUGGGCUCUCCAGUUUCCAACUUUGAUUUGAUUUCCCAGCUGAAGUGGGUUAAGUUGCCAAGGGUACUGGAAAAAGAAAUCUCAAAAGACCCCAGACCAGGUGAGUUCGUAAAAGAGGGUGAGUCUAGACGUGAAUUGGAUGCUUUUCUGGAAGACCUCACUUUAGAGAAGACAAUAGACUACUGCUUUAGUGAUAAUGGUUAUGGCUUGAAGACAGAAUUCCAGAAACGAUAUGGCAAGUCCAAGAAAGAUCAUAGCAAGCAGAGUAGCCAUCAGAGUAAAGAUUCUGACUCAAAAAAGACUCCCUCUGGAAAGAAUUUUAAACAAACUUCAGACGCAGCUAAACAUCGAAGAACCUACUUAACAAAGAAGUCUCAGGGGUCCAAGGAAGGCAAGAAAUCCUUCAGCUUUCACUCCGAUCUUGUGACCCGCAAAGAACACGGUACAGAAAAGUCAAGGAAAUGCAGUGGAAGCGAGAAAGGCUUGGUUUACUCUUCAUCUCUUACCAAACAUAAGAGACAGCCGAGAAUUGGUUCGUUGAGUAAGACCCACAAGUGUAGUAAGUGCGGGGUAGCCUUUACUCAAAACUCAUGGUAUCACAGUAAAAGCUCUCAAUGCGAAAAAUGCCAGAAGAAUUUAUUUCAAGGGGAAACGUCAAAUAAAGACAAAGGGCCUGCAACCGAAGAGCCCAGUAAGUGCAGGAAAUGUGGGAAAGCCCUUGGCAGUAGUUCACAACGCUCUGUGUGCACUGAAUGUAGAGAAACUUACAAACCUAGGCCAUCUAAACCCCAUAAAAAAUCCAAGAAAGGAAAGCAGUACAAGUGUGAUGAAUGUGGAAAAUACUUUGUUGGCUUACAAGUUCUCGAGACGCAUCAAAGGAUCCACACGGGAGAAAAGCCCUAUGAAUGUAAACACUGUGGGAGAUCCUUCAAUGACAACUCGUCAUUUUAUCAACACCAGAGAAUCCACACUGGAGAGAAACCAUACACGUGUAAGGAGUGUGGGAAAUCCUUCACGCUUAGCUCCUCUCUUUCAAAGCAUCAGCGGAUACACACCGGGGAGAAGCCCUACAAGUGUAAGGAGUGUGGAAAAGCCUUCAGACAGAACUCUUGCCUUACGCGACACCAGAGAAUCCACACUGGCGAGAAACCGUAUGUGUGCAAGGAUUGCGGCUCGUCCUUUAGCCUUUUUAGUACUAUCCUCUAUCAUCAAAGACUUCAUGCAGGAGAAAAACCCUACAAAUGCACCCACUGUGAUAAGGCCUUCCCUUCUCACUCCCGCCUCAGCCGCCAUUUGAGAUGUCACACCGGUGCAAAGCCAUACAAAUGUAAAGAGUGUGGGAAGACGUUCAGACAGAGCUCAUCUCUUAAUUUACAUCUCCGAAGCCACACUGGAGAGAAGCCCUACAAAUGUGAUGACUGUGGCGCUGCCUUUUCUCGGAGCACCAUCCUCAUUGAACACGUGAAAACUCAUACAAAAUAUGAGUGUAAAAAAUGUGGUAAGAAAUGUAAAAGUCGGGCAGACAGUCUUAAACAUUGCUGUACUGAGUAA